CCAAGUGGAAAAGGUCCACGCCUACCUGAAGUUUAUUGUGUCAUCAGCCGGCUGGGGUGCUUUGACUUAUUUUCCAAGAUCCUGGAUGAGGUUGAAAGGAGAAGGGGAAUAUCUGCUGCCUUGGUUUAUCCAUUUAUGAGGAGUCUGAUGGAAUCUCCUUUUCCUGCACCUGGAAAGACAAUCAAAGUCAAAACCUUUCUGCCUGGAGCGGGAAAUGAGGUCAUUGAGCUGCGACGGCCAAUGGACUCACGUCUGGAACACGUGGACUUUGAAUGCCUUUUCAAGUGCCUCAGCGUUCGUCAGAUCAUCAGGAUCUUUGCUUCUCUCCUGCUGGAGCGGCGUGUGAUUUUUGUAGCAGAUAAGCUCAGCACCCUCUCAAGCUGUUCACACGCCGUGGUGGCCCUGCUGUACCCUUUCUCCUGGCAGCACACCUUCAUUCCUGUUCUACCUUCAUCCAUGAUUGACAUUGUGUGCUGCCCUACCCCCUUCCUGGUGGGACUGCUCUCUAGCUCUCUGCCCAAACUGAAGGAGCUGCCUGUAGAGGAGGUUUUGAUGGUUAACUUGGGAUCUGAUCGAUUCAUCAGACAGAUGGAUGAUGAAGACACACUAUUACCUAGAAAAUUGCAAGCUGCUCUGGAGCAGGCUCUGGAGAGAAAGAAUGAACUGAUAAAUCAAGAUUCAGACAGUGAUUCAGAUGAUGAAUGUAACACCCUGAAUGGAUUAGUGUCUGAGGUUUUUAUCCGAUUCUUUGUGGAGACAGUUGGCCAUUAUUCCCUGUUCCUAACCCAGAAUGAAAAAGGAGAGCGUGCCUUCCAAAGGGAGGCUUUCCGUAAAUCUGUGGCCUCCAAGAGUAUCCGCCGCUUCUUGGAAGUUUUCAUGGAAUCCCAAAUGUUUGCUGGCUUCAUCCAGGACAGGGAGCUGAGAAAAUGCAGGGCAAAAG